AACAUGGUAGAUUUGAAACCACCUCCGAGGGUGGUUUCAGAAGUUUACGGUUUCGGUCAGCGGAUUCGCCGGCUUCGUGUGGACGGAAGGCCGAACCGUACAAGAUUUUUGCGGUUUCGCCAUGAAAUCGGCUUCGUGUGGACGGGGCCAAACUACUAGACGAAAGCCACUACAGACAUGACUUGCUCACUGGGGAUCCUGCUCUGCGUAGCAGUGCUGUUCCGGACCUCACAGCCUCUCAUCAUGGAUAAACUUGCAGACAACAAGUUUUGUGCAGAUGCAGAGUGUUCAUAUGCUCUCUCAUUGGCCACGGCCAUAAACGACUUUGCUGCUCCCGAUUGCAGAUUCAUCAACAUCAGGGCAGGACAGAUGGUCUAUGUGUAUUCUAAACUUGUGCCGGAAGAGGGCGCUGGUGUCUUUUGGUCUGGAAGUGUUUAUGGUGAGCGCUACGUGGACCAGAUGGGUAUCAUAGGAUACUUCCCUGCCACCUUGGUGAAGGAGUCAGUAAAGUUCAAGGAAGACACUGUUCAGAUCCCCACAACAGACAUGGAUUUCUACUGUGAUUGAUUGAUGACAGAGCACCCCAAUAAUGUCCCAUAAUUAUCAUAAUCACAAUCAUUCUCUGUGGAUUACUGCCUUUAGUGGGAAAAUUGGGUAUAUUGAGUCAAAUGAACGGCUUUGGCUUUGCUUUUAUCCUCUGCAGACAAUUUUCGUAAUAAAUCUUUUCAUCAUUA